AUGCUCAUCCUGCAAACGGCUAAUGGUGAUAUUCGUUUAGUUUCAGCUCAAUUUUGCUACUUUGUCAAUUCGCUCACUAUAACUGCCAACAAUAACCCAACUAGUGGAACCCAGAAUUUUCUCACUACAUUUACAUAUGGUACUGACCAGUAUUCUAACAAAACUUCUGCUGAUUUUGGCUUCACAUCUGGACACACACAAGUGUUUUCAGAUUGUCCGGGUGAUGGCUAUUUUGCUAUCGCUAAUGUAGUUCCUGGUUGUUUUUUUUGGAUUCCUGGAGGCUUCGAUCAUACAGCUAAUGAAACCGGUGGAUACAUGUAUGUAUUGAAUGCAUUACUCUAUCCUGGAUUAUAUUUUAACAAAACGAUCAAUAACUUAAGCAUUGGCAAAGUGUAUGAAUUUUCGACGUAUGCAGCUAAUCUAAACCAGCCUGGUUGGUCUCCAUCGAACAUAAUAUUUCAAGUUCGAACUGCCACAUCAGAUAAUACAUUGAUCGCAGAAGGAAACUCAGGCAAUAUACCUGACUCUGCCAAUUUCGCUUGGAAUAAGUAUGGAAUAUCAUUUGUAGCACCAAGCACUUCGGUCAUGUUAUUAAUGAUAUCAAAUGGUACUAGCAGUGCCGGAAACGAUGUCGCCCUCGAUGACAUAGGCUUAUGCAGAUGCUAA